UUCGGUCAACGAUUCACUCCUUCUCGUGAUUCCCGUAAUUUCACAACCUCCGCCGAGGCACCGCUUCAUCUGUAGACACAUUUUACCCGAAAUCCAUCAGCUGUUUCAAACCAUCAACGCGCAGGAACACAAACAGCAAUCUUAAGAAAUGGACCAAGAUCCUCCGAUCCAAAGCCAGAUGCUGGAAGACGACCCAAAGGGAGCAGCAGAUGCUUUAACAAUGGCCGCAGCUACAGAAUCGGACGCAGCGGCUCCAGACCCAGAUUCCACUGUCAACCAGCCUGCAGCUUCUGCCAGGCCUCGACGGCCACAGAGAAGUGCCAGAGUGGAGGGCUCUGUGGACAUCUCUGAGCCCAAAGCUGAGCCCAAAGCUGAGCCCACUCUUGUGGCAAACCAGGAGGAGUGCGACACCGAUGGCCCUGCGGCAAGUCGCCCCAAACCUUCUCGCUCCGCAGCAUUCAAACCCACAGGAGAGCGCUCGGGGCCGAGCGCCAAGGCUGGUCCGAAAGGGCCGGGUCACCACCCGGUUAGGGCUGCGUCGGUGCCCCACCCACCUGACAGCAGGCCCGUGGCUCCUCACCUCAACCCUCAUGCACAGCGGGCCCUCUCUGUAGCCGGUACCGCGGACACGCAGGCCCAGGUGGUGGAAGACUUCAGGCUGCACUUCAUCACCUGGAACGUGGGUUCAGCCACACCACCUGAUGACAUCACCUCCUUGCUGGGGCUGAAUGUGGGAGAUGGAAACACUGACAUGUACAUCAUUGGGCUGCAGGAAGUGAACUCUAUGAUUAACAAAAGGCUGAAAGACGUCCUCUUCACAGACCAAUGGAGCGAGGUCUGCAUGGAGAGACUCAGCCCCUUUGGUUAUGUGCUGGUAACCUCCCAGCGGAUGCAGGGGCUGCUGCUCCUGGUCUUUGCCAAGUACUUCCAUCUGCCCUUCCUCCGCGGGGUCCAGACUGAGACCACCCGAACCGGCCUCGGGGGCUACUGGGGGAAUAAAGGUGGUGUUAGCGCCCGCAUGUCGGCGUUCGGACACACCAUCUGCUUCCUCAACUGCCACCUGCCGGCUCACAUGGAAAACUCUGGGCAGCGCAUGGAGGACUUUGAGAGCAUCCUGCAGCAGCAGCAGUUUGAGGGCCAGACGGCCACUGGUGUUCUCGACCACGAUGUGGUCUUCUGGUUUGGGGAUCUUAACUUCCGCAUAGAAGACCUGGAAAUGCAAGUUGUUAAAACCGCCAUCGAUACCAACAAAUUUCCAAUGCUGUGGGAAAAGGAUCAGCUCAAUAUGGCCAAAGACAGUGAGACCGUUUUGGAGGGUUUCCAAGAGGGGCCGCUGAAAUUUCCUCCCACCUACAAGUUUGACGUUGGAACAGAUACAUAUGACACAAGUGGGAAAAAACGUAAACCGGCUUGGACCGACCGGAUCCUGUGGCGCCUGAGAGCCACCGCUGCUGCCGGCGCGGGGAAGCGUGGCUCCACUCUGGGGCUGACCAGUGGGACCAAAGUGACGCAACACUACUACCGAAGUCACAUGGAAUACACCGUCAGUGACCACAAACCAGUCUCCUCCAUCUUUACCCUGCAGUUCCCGUACAAGUUAGAUAUGCCGCUGGUCACCAUCAUAGUGGAGGAUGAGUGGAACAGUAUCGAUGAUGCCGUAGCAAAAUUCCGCCUGGCGCCCAACUACCCACGCAGCUCCUGGGACUGGAUCGGACUGUUUAAGGUGGGUUUCAAGCACCAUAAGGACUAUGUGGGAUAUGUGUGGGCCAAGCAAGAGGAAGCUGACUUUACCCGACAAGACCAUCAGGUGACCUUUACUGAGGAGGAAUUACCAAAAGGCUCAGGAGACUUCAUCUUGGGUUACUAUAGCAACAACAUGAGCACCAUUGUGGGUGUAACAGAGCCAUUUCAGAUCCAGCUCCCAACUUCAGCCCUUGAUGCCAGUUCUUCGGACAGCUCUGACUUCAGCUCAGACGAGGACGGCACCGUCGUCCCCACGAAGGGGGGGUCCCGCAGCCCCAGCCCCCGCAGAGCAAAGCACCGCAGCCAUCGUAGCCACAGCCACAGCCGCCCUGGUAGCCCCACACAGGCCAAGAUGAAAGUGCUAGACGUCGCCACGACAACAGCUGAGCGUGAGUCCACAGGACGUCCAGCAGAGGACAGCAGCGGCCAGGGCUCUGCUGCCGAGGAGAAAGAAAAAGACACAGAGGGUUCAGGGGUCUGAAGCGAAACCUCGUCCUGCUGUCGUCUCAGAUCACAUAGCCAAUUGUUGUGUCUUUUAUCGAAUACAUCCAUUACACUGUGUGUUUUCUGUGAUGAAAUGAUACAGUUUCUGAUGCCAUCCUUUUCAGGAACAGCCAUCUGGUUGGUCCAGACGGCUUACUUUGCCUUGAGUUGUUCUAUUGAGCUGUGCACAUUGUAUAUUUUUUUAUUUGUAGGUCUUUUCACUGGGUCCUGUGUUUCUUCUACCUUUUGUCCGUUCUCAGGUGUGGACAGUACAGGGAGCUGACACAUUGCAUUAGGAAAUACUCAAGGAUCCUACGGUCAUGCAGCGUAAAAGAGCGGUUACUUAAUACCAUCUUCCCCCUUUUGUGACAGUGGUUUGAUACUCUGCACUGUUGUAGCAGUAAUGUCAGCAGACCGCAUGCCGACAGUAAAUGCUUUUGAGUACGAUAUACUUGCCACAAACAUUGCUCACAAAUCAAUUUCAUUAGUUGUGAAACAUAUGUAACUCUGACCAUAGAGACGUAGUUAGAAAAUAGUUUAAAUCCAAAAUAUUCUACACAGGCAUCCCCAGGCCAAUCAACAAUCACUUUUUCAUAAGCUUUUGCAAAUCGGCUAAUGGAGAUUGCCUUGCAAUCUGAAUUGGUGGUAUGCGUCUACUAUUGUUGAUAUUCCCUGCUUCGGAAAUUUAGCAUCCAUACAGCAACUAGGAAAAAAAGAUGCAGGAAUCAUUUGAAAUGUUCCGCCACUGGGAAUAAAGACCCUGCAGGGGACACAAAAAAAAGAAGAGCAGAAGCAAAGUGAGCGGGGCGGGUUCAGGGGCUACUGCCCAUGGUCACAGCACACGUCAGCUUAGAAAAUGGAUUAAAUGGACGUGAUGGUCAGCUCGCAAAACUAGCUGAUUAAUUGUUCGUCACUAUCUCUGCUUGGCCAACUUUAGUGGUAACAACCACAGCAAUAUCUGAAGCAGGAUACAUUUAGAGUGUAUUUCUUGGACCGAUUAUACUUUUAAUGUAAUUUAAUGAGCCUUAUCCGAUAGUUAAGUUACCUUUUGCAAAAAAUGUGCAUGGGAAACAAGAUAACACAUCUUAUUCUUUUUUUUACUCCAUUUUCUAGUAUCAAGUUAAAAUAAAAUGUAUUUUGUGUAUUAUUAUUUCGACAAAAACUCAAGUAAAACGGAUAAUCAAUCUGGAUAUCUCUGACAAAUGUGAGCAGAGCUCUACUAUGUAGAGCUACUGUGGGGCUUUGCAUUGUAUGAAACAAAGCUCCACUCUAGUGAAAUAUCACCAUGACAAUGCUUUAUUUCAACUACAUUCAAUGGUCCUAUCGCUUUAUUUCCAAUGGUCCUAUCUAAUGCUUUAUUUUAUUGUGUGAACUUUUUUUUUUAGGUUUCUUGUUUAAUUAUUUAUUCUUCGCUCUGACCCAUCUUGUCCUUGUGGUUAGCCGAUCAUAACAAUAGUCGGCAUGUUGCAUCGUUUCGUUGCACCAUUUGAGACCCGUUGUACUUUUGGGGGUGUUAGCGUAGGACAGUGUGUACUGUUGUAGCUGUAAGUGUGUAUGUCUGUAUUCAGUUUUUGUGUGGAUGUUUUUUCAUGGACGUGUAUGUGUGUGUGUGAGUGUGGGUUUGUUUAGGAGUGUGUGUGACUGUGUUUGCAUGUUUGCUGCUGGACAUACUGUACAUUCCGGUACUGUAGUUUUUGUGCCGUAAAGUGCUGUUUUUGACUCCUAUUUGUUAUAAUAGUGGAAGUGAAAAUUGUUAGAAAAACUUGUUAUAACAUGUAAAUGUUAGUGUUAAGUGAAGACAUGCAGGACAGUUAUGCUUGCAACAAUCUGAAAUAGUUUAACAUAUUUCUUAGUACAUUCUUGUAUUGUCUAGUCUUUGAAAUGAAAAUCCUAAUGGACCUUUGUUUAGAGUAAUAUGUUUAAAAACAAGAUUAAGAUUGUACUACUUUGUCUUACUUUAGGUAGUUUAGGUAAGUAUGGUCAGUUCUGCUGCCACGACCAGUAACUAUCUAUUGUGAAAUGUAAAUGAAGAAAAAGUCUCAGAAUGUUAUUGUUUUGUAAUUAUAUGGCUAAAAUAGAAGAAAUAUAUACACGUAAAGAGUAAAUAUUAAGUAUGGUAGAAAAUUCUAUAUAGGAGACAAUCUAUGCUGCAAAGAUGAUUUUACCUAAAUUCUGUAUUUAUUUUCCUAUUUCAUUAUUAAAUGAGCCUGAAUUCUGCUGGCCAGUGAGGGAACAUUAUCUCAAAGGGUUUUACAGAAUAUUGAUGAUUAUUUUCUUCUCCUGUAAGGACCUAGAGAAAAUUCUCCAUUUUAGCCAAAUAAAAUGUUGCUUUAAUUGUCUGAAAUGAGGAUUGUUUAGUCCACAGAUAUUUGUAUAGUUGUGAAUGAAAUCUAGUAAAAAAUAUAGCAAGCCUGUGAAAUAUUGUUGACUCAUAAGAAAAGUUUAUCUCUGUGAAAACAUCUGAUCAAUUCGAUGAGAAGGCUUUUUUAGGGGCUGCGUUGCUUUGUUCUCAAACCCCGAAACUAGUGAAACACUCUCCAAAGAACCCAAAAUAUACUCUCCUUCAAACUGUG